CGACGCACCGCACUUCCUGUGCGACUCGGGCGGGCAAUUUGAGCGGCCUUCCUCUGACGUGUGUCAAAGAUACUGUGGACUCCAAGGAAUAAUAAGCGCUUUUAUUCACAUUUUAUCACCAUUUUAAAAGGACUGGAAGGCGGUAUGAAGGGACGAACACCUCCGAGCCAGAAAAAAACAAUGGACGCCGGUCGCUUGGAUGUCUCUUUUCAGCAAAGACGCUCCCCGCGGCUGACUUCUCCCUCGGUAAAUACAAGCAGCAACAUGGCGGCCGUCAAGCGUUCCAUCAUCGUCAGGAAAAUAGUAGCCAGGAAAACCACGGCCGCGUCCGAGCAAGACAAAGAAAACACGCCGAGACGAUCGCCGGCUGUUGCCCCGCUCUGCAAGCGGCCCUCCGGGGCAAAGAAGCAGGCCGCCAUGCCGUCACCGAUCCUCCCUCCGGCCUCGUCACCCGCCCGGCCUGAGCCGCAGGAGGCUCCACAAGACGCGGUGUGGUCGCAGAAAGUCCGCCGCUCCUACUCCAGGCUGAGCGGCAAGUCCUUCAACAGCCCCAAUUCCCGCGAAACUCUUUUCGGCUUUGAAAAGCUGCAGACCCCGGAGGUGGGACGAAGUGUCGGGCGGACCAUACUAGGCCUGGAGGUCUCCAGCAGCUCCUAUUCGUCUAUGAUGGACGCCGAGGACCGCGAUCCCGAUUUGGCCGAGCCGGACGCCAACAUCCCCGGGGUGUCUCUGGUCAAGGGGAAGAGGAACCGGAGGAAGGUGAAGAAGAUGGACGUGAAGGAGCUGGACGCGCUCGCUGACCAGAUGAACGCCGAGUUUGAGAAGGCGGAGGAGUUUGAGCUGGUGGUGGAGUAAAUACAGACCGAGGAACACUGGACGUUGUAUUGGAACCUGGUUUUUUUUAAAUUCUAUGUAUAAAUAUUCCCCUGCUGUUUCCUGUUAUUAAGACUGUCCACUGUUGUAAUAUAAGAGUCAAUGCCAUAAUAUGUCAUGACAAGCUGAUUAGAUCUAAAUAUAUGUUUGGACAUUUUUUGCUGAAAUUAUGUUUUUUACUUUUAGUCCUAAUGUUGAAUUUAUUGUCUUCAAAUUCAGUUGUUGCAUAAUAACUGAACUACUUUGUAAUAAAUUGGUAGGAUAAUGUUUGAA